AUGUCCAGCACCGCCACCAACGAAGAACGUGACAUCAAUGAUCUUUUCGAUGAUAUAGCUCUUGCUGAGAAUCAUUUAGUGGAAGCCAGUUAUAAAGAAGGAUUUUCGGUGGGCUGUCAACAAGGUAACGACGAAGGGUACCGAUUGGGUUAUGCCCAAGGCAUACAACUUGGUGAAGAAUUAGCAGAAAUAUUUGGUCGAGUGGUGGCUCUACAACAACAACCGAAGAAACACACAGAACGUGUAAAACGUUGUUUGGAACAAAUACGCACAGCCAUUGAAACAUUUCCACGAGAAAACGAUCCAGAGGCGGAUAUUAUUGGGGCAGUGGAAAAUAUUAGAACUUUAAAUAAGAAGUUGCUGGUUUUGACGGGACGUGGUAAUAGUACAGCAAACGAUAACGUAACAAAAGAGGAAAAGAAGGACUUCUCCUUUUAA